CCUCCAGUCCAGCCCUCAGCCGGGGCCAGCGGUGCUGCGAGACGAGACCGCGCGACCUGCUUGAGGCGCGGCGGCUCCGGUCCCUUCCCGGCCGCGGGGCGCUCCCCCUCCGGCGCGCCCAGAGCCCAAGGCCGCGUUGGCAGCAAGAUUCCGGGCCGGCAGCGGGGGCCUCCGGGCGCGAGGCACCGCGCUCUGCGCCCCGGCCGCCAGUGCGGGGAGGCCGCGCCGGUUAGGUAGCUGGGGGACCGGAAGGAUGGCGAGGAAGUCGGAGAGGGUUUCCUGAGAUGAAAGAUUACUUCCGUGGGACUCGACAGCAUUUCCCAGCGCCAAGCCAUGGUGGCCAAACAGCGGAUCCGGAUGGCCAAUGAGAAGCACAGCAAAAACAUAACCCAGAGGGGGAACGUAGCCAAAACCCUGAGGCCACAAGAAGAGAAAUAUCCUGUGGGGCCAUGGCUGUUGGCACUGUUUGUUUUUGUUGUUUGUGGCUCAGAGGAAAGACUGAGGACCUGCAUCUACUCUGGAAUUCCUGCCCUGGAAGCUGAGAUGGACCAUCUGGGGAAGGUGCCUCAUCAGCCAUCAGCUCCCUCAAGCUAUCUUUCAGAUUAUUCAGAGCAUAAGGAUGGGCAUGUGAGAAGGCCCGGGGAUCUGACACUGCCCCUCCCGCUGGAGGGUGGAGGGCCACUUAAGCUUUUACCCGGGGAUCUGUGGGGAGCGAGCCACACAGAAUAAAGAAAGUCUCCCUCAGUUGUCCCCCGACCACUUCAUCGUGGAUGUCAGACCACACUGCCUUCUCACCGGACACCUUGGUACCUCCGUGCUCUCCAGCGGAAAGGACAUUUUGCUUUUCUGUUGGCAGGAUUGGUAACUCCCAGGUGUCUUCAGCAGCACUGCUGUCGGGGGUUCUCGGCUUCCUGACGCAUGCGUGUGGCCUCUGAGUGAUGAGCGGUUCACCGUCAGUGGAUACAGUCUCUCCUCCAUUGCGAAUUUGUUUUACAAA